UUUCGCCAUCGCAUUCUAAAUAUCCAAACCAUACUCGAUUCCACCAAACAACCACUCACGCCUCAAAGAGCACACAAACACAAGCAACUAUGUCACGCCUUCUCCCCCGCCGCAUCCUUCUAACCCCCCUCCGCACAACCCGCUUCUCCUCAACCUUCCAAACCCGCCCAUCACCACCAAAACUCCCCGCCGACCAACAAGCGGAAUUCGAGCGUCUCCAGCGCGCAGCCUCCGUAUCAUCCGCCUUCCAGCCCGAAGGAACCACAGCCGCUGCCACCACGCCUGCCACGUCGCAGGUUCGUCACACGACUACGCCCGAAAAGACAGAUGAUGUAAAUAUUGGCUUGUUCCGUGGCGCGCCGCCUGAGUUUGAGGGUGAUACGAAUCCCAAGACUGGCGAGGUUGGAGGGCCAAAGAAUGAGCCUUUGAGAUGGGGCGGAGAGGGCGAUUGGUCUUACAAUGGACGAGUUACGGACUUUUAAAUGUCAUCGAAGCUGUGUCUACAAAAGGGAAAUUGGGUUCAACAUGUGGUGGCGACUGUACAAAAUUGUAUCAAAACUAGACGGGGCGGCUUAGACUCAAAGGCCAACGCCUUCUGAU